AUGGCCAACGCAGCUUCGUCUGCGUUAAGGCAGGCGUCCCGCCUCGGCCUGAGGCAGUCCAUUUCUUCCACAUCUGCGCGGGUAGCUCCCGCUCUGUCGCGGGUCGCCGCUGCAGCUCCCACCAGAGCUUCCCGGAGAGGCUAUGUGUCCGAGACAAAGCAGCAGAGUGCCCAGGUCAAUAUCGACACGGCCAUCAAGCUGGACAAGAAGGAUUUCAUGAACGACAAGGGCGAGCUGGUCAUGCCCGGGUCCGCGACGCCGGCGAAUGCCACCGUCAGUCCCAUGGCCGAGGUCUUGAAAGAGGCCACCGUCCUCGAGGAAGGCCAACGGCCCAUAUACCUUGACAUGCAGGCCACCACGCCCGUCGAUCCGCGAGUUCUGGAUGCCAUGCUCCCCUACUUCAUGGGCGUCUACGGCAACCCGCACUCGCGGACUCACGCCUACGGCUGGGAAACCGAGAAGGCUGUCGAAGAGGCGAGAGAAAACGUCGCCAAGCUCAUCGGAGCCGACCCAAAGGAGAUCAUCUUCACAAGCGGUGCCACCGAGAGCAAUAACAUGAGCAUCAAGGGUGUGGCCCGCUUCUUUGGAAGGUCCGGCAAGAAGAAGCACAUUGUGACGAGCCAAACUGAGCACAAGUGUGUCCUCGAUAGUUGUCGCCACCUCCAAGAUGAGGGCUUUGAAGUCACAUACCUCCCUGUCCAGAACGACGGCCUGAUCAACCUCCAAGAACUCGAGGCUGCUAUUCGACCGGAAACUGCCAUCGUCAGCAUCAUGGCUGUCAACAACGAGAUUGGAGUCAUCCAACCCCUUGAGGAGAUUGGCAAGCUCUGCAGAUCCAAGAAGGUCUUCUUCCACACAGACGCCGCCCAGGCCGUAGGGAAAAUCCCCAUGGACGUCAACGCCAUGAACAUUGACCUCAUGUCCAUAUCGUCACACAAGAUCUAUGGCCCCAAGGGUAUCGGUGCUUGUUACGUUCGCAGACGCCCGAGGGUCAGGUUGGACCCCAUCAUCAGCGGUGGAGGCCAGGAACGUGGACUACGAAGUGGAACACUCGCUCCACCUCUCGUCGUCGGUUUUGGUGAAGCAUGUCGUAUUGCGCAGGAAGAGCUUCCGUAUGAUUCGAAGCGAAUCAAGUACCUUUCCGAUAGGUUAUUGAAAGGUCUCCUAUCGCUGGAGCACACCACCCAAAAUGGUGCCCCUGACCAUUUCUAUCCUGGAUGCGUCAACGUGUCAUUCGCCUAUGUCGAAGGUGAAUCCCUGCUCAUGGCACUGAAGGAUAUCGCCCUCUCGUCUGGCAGUGCUUGCACGUCGGCAUCGCUAGAACCUAGCUAUGUCCUCAGAGCUCUGGGUAACAGUGAUGAGAGUGCUCACAGCAGUAUCCGAUUUGGCAUUGGCCGCUUCACAACUGAGGCUGAGGUCGAUUACGUCCUGAAGGCUGUCCAAGAGCGUGUCACUUUCCUUCGUGAACUGAGUCCACUGUGGGAACUCGUCCAGGAGGGCAUUGACCUCAACACCAUCGAAUGGAGUCAGCACUAA